AUGUCUUCAGUCUAUACAAAAAUUGCCGACCUUGAUUUAACACGAGAGGAAAAAAAAUCACUACGCAUCCUCUUCACUAAUAAGCCUCUUAUAAGAACCGAAGCAGAGAAAAUUAUUCCUACCUGUAAGGACAAUGAAGAGAUACUUGAUUAUUUGAAAGAACUCCUAAAGCCAGAAUCUGUUGUCACCGUCCAGCAAUCGUUACCUUCUCAAGAUAUUGAAGUUGUCGCAGAUUCAAUAGUUAACGAACCACCAAUUUCAUCUGAAUUUUCUCCGUCACAAACAGUCCAGCAAUCGUUAUCUUCUCAAAAUGUUGAAGUUUCCACGGAUCCAGUAGUUAACGAACCAUUAAUUAAAAGAAUUCGGAACGAUACGCACUUACCCGAAAACGCCUCUCAACUCCUUCGCUAUUAUGAGCUUUGGAACAAACCUUACGAUGAUUGGCCGAGUCUCCGCGAAUUUUCGGAGUAUUUACGUGAUGUUAAAAAAGCUUGCGUUCAUAAUUCAUUCAAAAUGGAGAUCAGGGCUUUACAGAAAUUAUUUAAAAGUGACCAUCCCGCUCAGCUGAGGCUCAUACAUUUGGAAGGACAAUUGAAGAAUCAGCAGAAAUCACGGAAAAUCCGUAGAGGAAAUGCUACAAAAGUUUCAACUAAACAGAAACUAACAGAAAAAAGAUUGGAAAUAGCGAAGAGCUCGGUAAUUACAAAUGGGUACCAUCGCAUCAACGAUCAUUACAAUCAUUAUCACGACGCAAGUGCAAAAUUAUUGAAACGAGAUCUUUUAGUGGAUGACGAGAGAACUGAUAUAAAAAAAAUGAAAAAAAGUGUCGAAGCUCAAUAG